GGCUGAGGCCUUUGACGGUUCCCGGUUUCGGAGCAUUCGCGUCUUUUUGGCGGGCGCAGUGUUUGGAGGUAGCCUAAAACUAGCUGGUUGUACAGAAUAUCUAUUUCAAACCAAACACAAAUGGGAGACAAAGACGGAGAAACAUUUGACGAUGCGGUUGAGGAACGUGUCAUCAAUGAAGAGUACAAAAUAUGGAAGAAAAAUACUCCCUUUCUGUACGAUCUUGUAAUGACUCAUGCCCUGGAGUGGCCCUCCCUUACAGCUCAAUGGUUGCCUGAUGUUACAAGACCAGAAGGGAAAGAUUAUUCUGUGCACCGCCUUAUUUUGGGUACUCAUACUUCCGAUGAACAAAACCACUUGCUAAUUGCCAGCGUACAGUUACCCAAUGAAGAUGCACAGUUCGAUGCUUCUCAUUACGACAAUGAGAAGGGAGAGUUUGGAGGAUUUGGAUCUGUCAGUGGAAAAAUUGAAAUCGAGAUAAAAAUCAAUCACGAAGGUGAAGUCAACAGGGCACGUUACAUGCCGCAAAAUCCAUGCGUCAUUGCUACAAAAACUCCCUCCAGUGACGUACUAGUAUUUGACUAUACCAAGCAUCCCAGCAAACCCGAUCCAAACGGUGAAUGCCAUCCAGAUCUCAGGUUGCGUGGACAUCAAAAAGAAGGAUACGGCUUGUCGUGGAAUCCAAACCUGAACGGCUACUUGUUGAGCGCAUCUGACGAUCACACUAUAUGCUUGUGGGACAUCAAUGCAACACCUAAAGAGCAUAGAGUAAUCGAUGCCAAGACUAUAUUCACUGGUCACACAGCUGUGGUGGAAGAUGUCGCUUGGCAUUUGCUCCACGAGUCCUUGUUUGGAUCAGUAGCUGAUGACCAAAAACUUAUGAUUUGGGAUACAAGAUGUAAUAACACAAGUAAGCCGAGCCAUACUGUGGAUGCUCAUACAGCAGAAGUAAACUGUCUGAGUUUCAACCCUUACUCGGAAUUUAUAUUAGCCACAGGCAGUGCUGACAAGACGGUAGCUCUGUGGGAUCUGAGAAAUUUGAAAUUGAAGCUUCACUCAUUCGAGUCCCACAAAGACGAAAUUUUCCAAGUACAAUGGUCACCGCACAAUGAGACAAUUUUGGCUAGCAGCGGAACCGACAGACGCUUACAUGUUUGGGAUCUGAGUAAGAUCGGAGAAGAACAGUCCACUGAAGAUGCCGAAGAUGGACCACCCGAAUUACUGUUCAUUCAUGGUGGACAUACAGCUAAAAUAAGUGACUUCUCUUGGAACCCCAAUGAGCCAUGGGUUAUUUGUUCUGUGUCAGAAGACAACAUAAUGCAAGUUUGGCAAAUGGCUGAGAACAUUUACAAUGACGAAGAACCAGAUACGCCUGCAAGUGAGCUUGAGGGUGGAGCGUCAUAAUUUGUUGCAAGUAAUUUAUUACUAAUGGUUUAUACCUAAUCUUCUUGUACCAAAUAAUAAUGGUUCAUCGUCAUAUUUCAUAAGUUUUAUUGUAUAAGGUGUUUAUCAUUUGGUUGAACGUUACUUACGAGAUUUCGGAAAAAUCACUUUGAGCUGAACAAGCAGGGUAUUUGUAGAUAUCCUUGUUAAAGUCAGGUUAUUCCACGUUUAUCUUUACUUUUGUACAGCGUUCUGUUGAUCACGCAAGUUGAUCCCUUGGACACAUGAGGCUGACUGCAGUUAACAAUCAUUUUAUUUCGGGCACAUACAGAGAGUUUAUUAGUAUGUCAUUAGUGAGAUAAAAAUUUCUCUUGCUGAAGUUCAUUUAUGUUGAUCGUUAAAUUGUCUUCAUAUACCUAAAAAUCUCUUUGUAAUAUUGUAAUACAUAUACCCAAAUUUCUCACGUUUUUUUUUUUUCGACAUAGAGCAGAGAGUUUUAGGAGCAUACUAAAAUGUAAUUUUCAACAGUUAUGGAAUAACAAGAAUUUCUAUGUGUGUCCACAA